UCCGUUUUAUUUUUGAAGGCCCAACCAGAAGUGCUGCGUGUUUUUGCUCCAUCUAGCUUCACGCUGGUUUCCGCGUGUUGAUACUGAAGAGGAUCCGAAGAGAAACAAGUUUCGUCGCAUCGCUAGAGACCCAAACUCAGGCCAAAACCAGAGGAACAUGGACAUGAAGAAGAGGGUUUCCUUAGAGCUGCGGCACCGCUCGCCCACAGAAGUCCAGGAGCUGGUUCUGGAUAACUGUCGCUCCGGAGAGGGAAAGAUCGAGGGAAUCACGGAAGAGUUCUCGAACCUGGAGCUGCUGAGCCUCAUCAACGUGGGCCUGACGAGCGUCGCAGACAUCCCCAAACUGGACAAACUCAAAAAGUUGGAGCUGAGUGACAACAGGAUAUCAGGAGGUUUGGAGCUGCUGUCCGAGCGACUCGUGAACCUAACGCACCUGAACCUGAGCGGGAACAAGUUCAAAGACAUCGGUACACUGGAGCCUCUGAAAAAGCUCCCGCAGCUGAAGAGCCUGGACCUGUUUAACUGCGAGGUCACGAACCUGGCGGACUACAGGGACUCCAUCUUUAAGCUCCUCCCACAACUCACCUACCUGGACGGGUACGACAUCGACGACUGCGAGGCGUCCGACUCUGACGGAGAAGUGGUCGACGACGAGGAUGAGGAAGAGGGCGAUUCGGAGGAUUUUGAUGAAGAGGAGGAGGAAGACGAAGAGGAUGUCGUCGUCGCCGCUGAGGAUGUAGACAGCGACGACGACAGCAACGAGGACGAGGACGGAGAGGUGAACGGAGACGUUGACAGCGACGACGACGACGAUGAAGAUGAUGACGAUAGUGGUGACGAAGACUCGUCUCCGGCUAAAGGAGAGAAGAGGAAGAGGGACCCUGAAGCCGAGGAGGAGGAAGAGGAGGAAGAUGAUGAUUAAGGACCCUGAAAAGACCCCAAAAAAACCUCUGACCUCUGGCCCGGUGACCCCUCCCCCUUCCAUGACCUCCCCCUCCCCCCCCCCGGGGUGUGUCCCAUUUCCCACGCCCUCGUUAUCCUGCAGACCGAAACUCCGUUAAUUCAUCAAAACGACCUCGUUCUCCUUUUUUAUGAUUUUGCAAAAAAAGUCAGGAUUCACAAACUUCAGGCUUUUCUCAUUCCUGCUAUCAUCAGAUCUCUAAAUAUUCCUUUACAGCUCAAACAAAUGUAUUUUUAUGCACAUUUCUGAGUUUCAAAUUCACAAAACAAGCCAAAAAUCAAACUGAAGAUCAUGUUUUUCAUCGAGUUAAUAUCCGAUUAUCUCGUUUCAGUGUUUUGUCCAUAAAAUAUUAGAAAUGCAUUCUUCCUCAGAGAACUUGGACGUCAUAUUUUAUCAACCAAAACAUGGUAUUAUCAUUUAGGAGACAAAAAAGCAGAAAUUCUCACAUGUAUGACGCUAGAAACUGAGGAUUUGGGCAUUUCUGUUUGGAAAGUGACUGAAAUUAAUCUGGCACUAAUCGCCCAGCAACAGAAAGAGUUAAUUAAGCAACAACAACGAUUAUUUUUACAUGAAGACCAACUGAGGAAGAGUUCCUUUCACAAAGCCAAUUAAACUAAGUUGUUCAUUUGUGUUAAAAUUAAGCUUUUUGUGAAUUUCCCUCAAAUUUUAAAACUCAAAACGUGCCAUUUUUUUGCAUCAAUAAGGGCUGAUUUGGGGCAUUUAUUACACAAAACCAGAUUUAUUUUUGCGUUUCAGGACAUAGAAGACCUGGUGUUAUUGUUCCUGAAAACUGAGGGCAAAUAAUGUGGACAUUUAAAAUGGUAAAGUCCUGCUGCGUCUACAAGUGAGAGCGUCGUCCUUUUUUAGGGAAAACAGCAGAAAAACACAAUAGAAACACAUUUUUUCUUGACUUGUUCUGUGAUCUAAACGUGAGCUUCAGUUCCCUUCUUAUUUCCUAGAUCAUAAAUAUCUAUCAUGUCACAAAAGUUGUAAAAAUCUCCUUUUUUUUUAUUUGUGUAUUUUUUUUUGUCAAAAUCAAUAAUGUCGUGCAAAAAAAAAGCUUUAAUUCUGUGGACGGAAACGAGGGCUCGGGACGCAAAAGCCAAAUCCCUCUUUCCUCCGUAUUUUCUCCCCCUUCCUAAAAAACCCUCCCUCUUCCUCCUCUUCCUCCCCGAGGCCGAGUCGCUCAGGGCAAACUGUGUUCUCUCUUUUUUGCCAACAGAGCUUUUUAAAAGAAAUAUUUUUUCAGAGAAAUUGUUUUUUUGUUUAAUUUUUCGUAUGGUUGUCUGGGGACACUCUCUUUGUCUCUCCCCCUCCCCCCAUCUUCCUCGUCUUCAUCUCUCCCCCAAUUUAUGCCUCCUCUUCCUCCGUCGAGACAUCCUUGACACUUACACUGACUAGUUGACGUGUUUUCUUUUUUUUUUUUACUUUCUGUAAGUUAAAGGAAAAACAAACAAAAAAAAAACACACAAAAAGGACUUUGUAAAUAAAAUCUUAACAUUUU